UCUUUCUCUCUCUCUCUCUCUCUCUCUCUCUCAAGACCGGCAAGGCGCCGAUAGAAAUUUUCACUGAUCGCCGAAGAACUCGGGAAAUUCCUCCACCUCGGAGUAUCGCGUAAUGGCCGUUUAAAUUAUUGAAAUAGCUCGGAGUUUUGCGCUCCCCCCCGAUAUUGAGCGAGUACGAAUUACCUCCCGCGCCGUACGUUUUGUGCUUUAUCGGUGGAUUUAUAAUACAUCAGGCUCGGUGUCAGUAAUUAUUUCCUUCUUCGAUACAACAGCUAUUCACUUCGUGUAUUCAUAUCCUUGUUAGAGUUGUCGCGCUACGCUUAUUAACUGUAUGAAUUUCUCUCUCUCGAGGAGGAGAUUUGAAUUCAGAAAAUGUGUGAUGCCCCGAAACUACCUUUGCGAUACCUUCAUCAUCAUUAAGGGAUCAAAAUUGGAAUUAGAUAUUAUUGAAAAUUAAUUACGCGAAAUAGGGGAUGAUGAGACGGACAUUUUUCGUCAUAUGGAUUUGGGGUGAAAAAGCGAAAAUGGCGGGAGCUACGGCCCUCCAGAUCUCUCCGUCAUAUUGUUGCUAAUUAGAAAAAUUGUUUUCUUUUCUGUUGCAGAUGUGGCAGAGCCUGUGGUCCGCAGCUUCCGGCGGAUGCAGAUGCAGCAGCACCGGAGGAUCCGGUUCAGGCCGAGCGGGGUCGGCUCGAAGAUCCAGACUAGCGGAACGUGGCCGGCUCCGAACUCCAGGUGUUCGACAAACUUUGGACGGCUGGAUAAAUUGAGCGGAAGCGAUCGAAUUUUGCGAAACGGCCGGAGAGAGUCGACCGUGAACUCUGUCGUCGAAUUAGUCGGAGGCGCUCGUAAACAAGCGGAGGAAACGGGACUCUUCAGGAUCGUCGAUCCUCGACGACGACGUAUCCUCGGUCGUCGCGCCGAGCGCGAAGAUCUCGAAGGAAGUUACGAGCUACGACGAUCGAACUUUCCGCCUCUCUGGAGCCAGCGGGACUAAAUCGGCAAGAUCAAAUCACAGCUACUUGGAUUAUUUCAUUUUGUACCAAUUUGUAUCAUUAAUCAAAAUUCUGUAUCCCAUGCA